GGACAAUUAAUAUGGACACUUUGACGACUUCUUUAUGACAUAUUUAAUUAGUGCGCGAAUGAAAAGGGAAUCCAGUACCUAUUUGGAAGACUUUAGUUUUCAUGGUUGAAGGAUAGGGUUAAGCAGACUGAAGAACAUCCGGCUAUAUAUAGUUGGAAUCGGUUGCAAAGUUUUCUUUUUUAAAGGUACCAUGUACUGUUAACAAAAGACUGCUCAAGGAGGUUGGAUUAGAAUAUUGAAUAGUCUUUGGUAAGGAUUGCCACCUCUUCCGGAAGACACAGCAUGUCAGCAAGCAUGCGAUCUGGAUCAUUAGACGCCUCGGCCGCCGCUGCCAAGAAGGGGGGACGCCGAUUCUCGUGCCCUCCAGGUACUCUUGUAGAAAGUGCUGUAACAAUAAAAAGAGCACCCUUUACACAAACAGCAUUUGACGAAAUUCAUCUGAAAUCUGACGAUCAUGAGAAAAAGACACUUUCAGAAAAGUUGAGGUCAAAAUGUUACUGUUCUAGGCAGAAAUUAUUCAAGUUUUUCGCCGCUUAUCUACCAAUAAUCAAGGUUUUGCGAUACUAUAACAUCAAAGACUUUCUUGUGACAGAUAUUCUUGCCGGUGUUACCAUUGGAAUCUUGCAUAUCCCUCAGGCGCUUGCAUUUGGACUUCUCACCUCAGUUAAGAUAGAAAACGGUCUCUACACAUCAGUUUGGCCAGUAAUUCUGUAUGUGCUGUUUGGAACGUCUGCGCAUGUCUCUAUGGGAACUAGUGCUGUUAUAUGUAUAGUAACAGCCGCUGUUGUUGAUCGACAGGCGGAUAUUUUUAAGCUUGAAAAUCCCCAUUUAAUGUCUAAUGCUACUGGCAAUGGGACUUUACUAUGGGAGGACAUUCCUGAAUUUAUGGAUUUCAAAGAAGCAACAGCAAUGGGGAUAGCGUUUUUCACAGGUAUGAUUCUUAUGACUAUGGGAGUUUUGAAACUUGGAUUCAUCACGGCCUAUCUGUCAGAUUCAUUUUUCAGUGCCUUUACUUCCGGCGCAGGGGUACAUAUUGCCACUAGUCAGAUUCCAGCGAUUCUUGGUUUGAAAGUUCCUCGCUUCAGCGGAGUGUUCAAAAUUGUCAAGACAUAUUCAGCUAUAUUUGGAGCAAUCUCAGCAGCAAACGUAGCCGCCCUAAUCAUUGCACUCCUAUCAAUGAUUGCCAUCUUGUUUGUGAAAGAUUACCUAAAUGAAAAAUUAAAAGGUAAAAUUCCUAUUCCGAUUCCAGUCGAACUUCUUGUUGUCAUCGUCGCAACCAUAGUUUCAUAUGCAGGAAAUCUGUCAGGAAACUUUGGCGUCGAUAUUGUCGAAAGUAUUCCAAACACAAUUCCUGCACCAGUUAUGCCUGUUUUUGACGGAGUGGAAACAUACAUCGUGGACUGUUUUGUCUUAGCAAUUCUAAUUUUUGCCAAUACUAUUGCCAUGGCUAAGAUUUGUGCAAAACGACAUAAUUAUGAAGUAGACGACAGCCAAGAACUGAUCGCAUACGGAAUGUGCAACUUCGCCUCAUCGUUCCUCCGUUGUUUCCCGUCAGCUGUAGCCCCACCAAGAACGAUGGUUGCAAGUGCAAUGAACACAAAGACAACUGUAUGCGGAGUUUUCUCAACAGCUCUACUGAUUCUUCUCAUUUUGGUUAUGAGCACUCUUUUUGAACCGUUGCCGAAAUCAGCAUUAGCAGCGAUUAUUUUCAUCUCUCUAAAAGGUCUCUUUAUACAGUUAAAAGAUUGUGUUAAGUUUUGGCAUGUAAACAAGAUUGAUUUUGUCAUUUGGUUCUUCACCCUGUUCAGCGUUGUGUUCCUUGACAUUGAUUUUGGACUUGGCAUCGGCGUCGUGGUGUCACUGAUCACUGUUGUCUUUCAAGCACAGUUUGCGAGAGGAUACCGACUCGGCAGAACCAUGAAAGAUGUAACAGUUGUCGAACAUAAAAAGUACGCAGAUUCCAUCGAAACAUCUGGCAUCAAGGUCUACAGAUUUCACUCAAAUCUUUUCUUUGCUAAUGCAGAAAUAUUCAGAACGGCUUUAUACAGGACCACAGUAAACCCUAGAAAGAUUCUUAAGUUCAUUAAAAAACAAGAGAGGUUGAAGGCAAAAGAGGAAAAGUCAAGAAAAAGUCAAGUAGAUGGAGAGAGCUACAUGUACAAGCCUGAAAUUACUAUGGAAAUACCAGGUAUAACCGUUAAUGGUGACAAUGCAAAGGUAAACGAGAACAAAUCAGAACCCGCUACCAUUAGCAACGGGCGUGAAUUUAUGCGACUUGAAAGCACGCCAUCAACUGCGUCGAAUGGAUCAUAUAAAGGAUCACUUGUUGGCAUUGACAACCCUGUGUACACGAACAAAGAAGACCAGUUUAGCACACUCGACAUUCCACAAGAGUAUAACUUAAACCGCAGAAACAUGAGUAUCGCUACAAUUACAACGAUUGGAUCCUUAGAUGAAUCUAUUGACCCAGAAGACGGACAGGAAGUUGUCACGGAGGAGAAAAUCCGACGCCUGCGCAGAAUACAUCACGUGAUUAUAGAUCUUUCCACAUGUAAUUACAUGGAUAUUUCUGGUGCGAACGUUAUUAGUCAUAUUUUUAAGGAGUAUGCACACGUAAAUAUCAAAGUUUUUCUUUCAAACGUUUCCUACGACGUACGACAAACCAUGCAUUUUGCUGGCGUAUUUGACACAAUUCCAAAAGACAAUAUUUUUGUUGAUGUUCUAGACGCAAUAGCCGUUGCUAAGCUAGAAAUGGUUGUACCUAUUCCAGAAGAAGGUCUCGAGGACUUCACGAUAGAGGAGGCGGCUGAAGACAAAUAUGUUACCAACAUUUGAUUAUUAUGUAAUCACAAAAUUGUAUUGGUAAUAUCUAUCCGUGUAUAUGUAUAAAAAUGUAAAUAAUAUAUAUAGCUAUAGAAAUUAUCGUCAAGAUUCUACAUGUUGUAUUUUUGUACCUCACCAAUUUGACAUAGUUUGUUGUAUUCCUUUUAUUUGUUUCAAUAUUGUUCAUGUAUAUAAAUAGCAUUUUAUAGUUUAAACUUGUUGUUUCUUUAGAAAAGACAGCCAUCGUAUGACAUAUAUAUUUUUAUUAUUAUACCUAUUGUACUGCAGACGUCUAAAAGAACAAAUAUAAUGUUAUUAAUUAUUAAUUAUCAGUUGGAUAUCCAAGCAAAUAUUUCUUAAAAAUAUAAAUGUGGCAUAUAAUGAAAUGGGCAUUAUUUUUUUGUUCUUAGAAGUUUUACAUUUUCUGCAGUCAUAUUGUUAUACAAUACUUGAUAGUGGUGCAAAUGUCUUUUUUCUAUUUGACAAGUUUUAUUUUCAGUUUUAAUUUUUUAUGUAAUAAUACGCGGCUAUAUUGUCUUUUUUUAAAUAGAGCAUAACCGAGAAAAUUGCAGUGUAGCAUAUGAAAUAACAAACUGGAUUUAUUUUAUGCGAGAAUAUUUUAUCAACCAAAUACUUAAUAUAUUCUUGUAUAGACAAUAGUUCAUUAGAAUGUAUAUGAGUAUCAAGAAAGAUUACAUAAAACAGAUAUCUAAAACAA